CAAUUUGAUGAAUAGUGUCGCUGUCAAAAGCGUCAGAAACAGAUGAAGAGUCGUUAAGCGACAGACAGCUGUGAGAGAGCAGAGGGAGAGGUGCUGCGUCAUGUCUACUUCUCACGGCUACAUGUAGUUAUUGUUUAUCCGCGGAGGCGUGCCGUCCUAACCCGGGUUAAUGUCAGCCGUGUUCUGGAGAACUAUGGAGUCCACAACAUGUCAAGUCUGAGCGCGGGUUUACAACUCUAAUCCUGUCGAGAUUCUUGUGAAUAUAUUUCUUCCAUCUUUUCAAACUUCAACGCAGGAGGGACACCUUUGGCUCGUGAAGGAGUAUUCUGAGGGCAUCAUGGUGAACAGCCAGGCGUCGGGCGUACCACCGGCCCCUAGGUCGUGUGCAGGAUGUGGGGGGAAGAUUGCAGACCGCUUCCUUCUCUUCUCCAUGGAACGCUACUGGCACACGCGCUGCCUCAAGUGCUCUUGCUGCCAAGCCCAGCUGGGGGACAUUGGCACCACCUGCUACAGCAAAGGGGGCAUGAUUCUGUGUCGGAGCGACUACAUCAGACUGUUCGGGCACAGCGGGGCGUGCAGCGCCUGCGGCCAGUCGAUCCCAGCCAACGAAAUGGUGAUGAGGGCACAGGGAAAUGUUUACCACCUCAAGUGUUUCAGCUGUGCCACCUGUAGAAACAGGCUGAUGCCUGGCGAUCGCUUCCAUUACAUCAACGGUAACAUCUUCUGUGAGCACGACAGACCCGGCGCUGCCUUGCUCAGCAGCCACCUGCCUCCACUUCAGAGCAGCUCUGUCCUGACAGACCAGAAGGUAUGCUGAGCAGCAGGUGUCCUGUGUUUCCCUUCACUUCUCUUCAGUGCAACUUUUCCUCUCCUGCUUCUGUCGCCAUGAUGUGGACCCUCAUCAUCACAGUGCCUCUCUUUCUCCAGAGAGGAUGCAGCUUCUCACCUACGACAUCCCGUCAGUCACCAUAUCAGAGAUCCUAUAUACGGCUUAUAAAGUCACGUUUUUGUUGUGUUCUGUUGAAGUUGUCUGUGCAUCAUGCAGAGACUUGCAGACUAUGUGGACUAUACUGGCAACAAGGCUCAUUCAGGACUAAGACAAACAUGGAGGAGAACAAUGAAGAUGAACGCCUGCGCCAACUGGAAGAGGAAACAAAAAGGCGCUUGAGUGAACGUUUGAUGGACUGCUGUAAAAAGACUGUCACAGCUUUGCUAAUGCCAUGUGAGCAUCUGUGCUUUUAAUGAACUCUUGAUCUCUUGUAAAUGUUGUACCUGAUAUACACGCUGAGGAUUGGAUAUAAAAAUGAUGAAGUGUACAGUAUGCAGGGACAGAAGUGUAAUCUGAAAACUGCACUAGAAUAUUAUUUUAAAGUCUGUAGGAAAACAAAAUGUUUCUGUCACCUGUAACGCCCUGCACAAAACAACAGAAGCCACCCAGUCAAGUUUUUCUCUUCUGUAGAGGUUUAUCAGAUGCCUGUUCAGUGUGUGAAAAAAUGUGGAGUAAAAAAAAAAAACCUAUUAAAACGUUUUUCCCGUUACAGCUGAGCCGAGGUCAUUUUGAAGCCCCUUAGCGGCAUUAGAGAGACGUUGUAUUGCAUGGUACCUACUAGCAUGGUGGAUGUGACUGUCUCCCUCACUCCGUUUAGCCCUGUAUGGUGAAAACAUGCCUGAUUACCCAGAGGAAUGGAAUUAGGGGGCUUGAGCUCUGACCAUUUACAGAAGCAAUUAAACAUGAGCCGUGUAUCUGUGCUGCUGGAGCUCCUGGGAGGCUGAACUUGGGGCAUAUCCCGUGGCUGACUGGCUCGGUGGCUGCCUGCCUCUAAUAAAGCCUAAUCUGAAAGCAGGCUAAUUAAAGGGGAGUGGCCCCUUCUACAUCCAGGGCAUUUGAAACAAUCUGAUGUAUUUACUGUUUACCAUGUUCCAAUUAAAGCUCCCACACAGCCUGA